AUGAACUCCACUGAGAUAUUUGCGGUGGAAAAUUCCACGAGAUCUGUGAUAGAUGCUGCUGAGAUGGAUGCUUGUAACCAAGUAGACAACUACUUCAUUGUUUUACGCUUUUGGCUGGCAGUUGUAUUGGGUGAUAGCUUGUCGGUGAUAAGUAUCAUUUUCAAUUCAUUUGUUUUUCUUGUCUUCGUCACAAGCAAGCAACAUAGAAAUUCUUACAAUUUAUACUUGAUGUUACUGGCUAUGUCAGAUGUAUUCAUUGGCAUCUCCUAUAUCAGUGUGUUAUCCGUUCGUGUAUUAUUCAAUUGGACAGCAAACAUUACAUUGAAGUCAAUAUGGGUUACAUAUAUGAUUCCUAUGCUAACUGUUUCCCAUAUAGGAAUGACAGCUUCCACUUAUUUGAUUACAUUUGCUGCCGUUGAACGAUAUUGUGUAACUGUCAAUAACUGGGCUGUCACAUAUUUACAGAAAAACAGAAAAAUAUUGGCAAUUGUAGCCAUGAUGUGUGGAUUAGUUAGCAAAGGAACGAUUCUAAAGGAAAUCCAGAUUGGAACUAACGAUAACUGCAUAGGAACCAUUAAUGAAUGGGAAGUUCAUCCAUCUCAGCUUGUAAAACAACAUCCAUGGUUCAAUAUAAUCUGGCGUUUCUACUUCAGAACAAUGUUUACAAUUUUGGCUCCUUUCUUCAUUCUUUUAUAUCUUAAUGCUCGUCUUAUCUUCAGUUAUAGGCUACGCAACAACAGAAGCUCAAACCUUGAAGCAUCACAAGAUAAACAGAGCGUUUUACAGAAAAAAGCUCGUAUACGUGCAGCUACAAGAACUCUUGUUAUCAUUGUAUGUACUUAUCUGAUGAGUAAUCUUCUACAGGUUAUCAUUACUAUUUGGGAAUAUUUGUCUUAUGAAACGCUUAGCACUACAUGGAUUUGGUUAUAUGUCUUAUCUGUUGAUUGGAUUUCAUUACUUACAAUGAUGGCUUCAUGUCUUCGUCUGCCCAUUUAUGCUAUCUGUCAACCUCUGUUGAGAAAGGAAAUGUAUCAAUUCAUUUCCCAACUGUGGACAUUCAAGAAGAUGACUAGACGAAUGACUCUGCUGGAGAAUUUCAAUCCACAGAAGAAUAUGCAAUUCUUCGUUGUCCUCUCUGUUGUAGCUGUAGCUGCUUUUGCUGCUCCACUUCCAGGAGACGAAGAGGAUGCUAACCUUGGACUUGCCUGGCACGCUGCUGCCGGAGAAGUUAACUUCGGAAGAGUUGGAAGAUUCUACGUCCCAAGACAAGUUACCAACUUCAGCGUUUCUGACUCUGGAUCAGCCAAAGAAACCGUUCUCGAAGUUAUCUACCAAGAAAGUUGGUGCAGCACUGACGAAGGAAACGAUCUUGAAGAUGUCUGUGAAUCCAUGUGCCCACUCUACCAAACUGGAGCUCAAGCUCUUUACAAGGUUACAACCACUGAAUUCGCAGAUGGAAAUGAAGAAACUCAUGCCGUCAAGAUCAAGGAUUUGUAA